AUCACUAGGCAUGUACAAUGCUAUCCAGUAAGUUGUCUAUAAGGGAUGACACCUAAAAUUGGAAAGAUCUAGCGAAUAAUUGAUCGGAUCGAUCCAUCGCUGUCUCUGUUUCUAUCCAGUUUUUCCUCUCUUGACGCUGCAACACAGAGCUUCUUGCAGUCGCCGCAUGAACUGAACAUGGCAUGUGUGUAUGGUGGCACGAGUCUCCCCAACACACUUGUUUGUUGAUUUCUGCAAAUUGGAAUUUUGUUAGCUGAUUCAUUUAUUUGGGACUUGGAUUGGCGCAUACAUGGACAGUUCCCCAUUUUGAUUUUAUAAACAGCUAAAUAGCCAACCUGUUGUAUAGGCCGUCUUUACGCUUGUCUGCAGAUGACGUGGGACUAUUGUACAUGUCCUGAGCAACCAUGCUACUAGUUGCAAUACUUGCUAGAGAAAGGGAUAAACCAUACAUGAACAAAGCUACCACUAUAACUUCAUACUCCAAUUUGCAAGUUGCUAAAGCUAACACUAUACUUACUUAAUUGCUACUUGCUGGCCACGGUUUCUCUUGCUAUAAUGGCCUCAUGUCGCACCUCAAUGUGCAGCACAAGCUUGACGAUUUCAACUCGUAGCAAAGAUUCACUCAUGUCGCAGUCAGGUGAGAGUGGUGGUUAACUGUGGUCUGUGGUUACUGUGGGCCGGCAAGCAGCCAUGGCCGGCGAUGAUGAGCAGCGGCCGCUGCACAUCCUCUUCUUCCCGUAUCCCGCCCCCGGCCACCUCAUCCCGAUCGCUGACAUGGCCGCGCUCUUCGCGACUCGUGGCGUGAAGUGCACAAUCCUCACCACGCCGGUCAACUCUGCCAUCAUCCGCCCGGCCGUCGACCGUGCCAACAACGCUCGCCGUGGAACUGCGGAUGCCCCGCCCCCACCGGCGAUCCAGAUCUCCGUCGUGCCCUUCCCCGACGUUGGGCUCCCUCCGGGCGUCGAGAACGCCACGGGCCUCACCGGUGACGCCGACCGCGACAAGUUCCUGCACGCGAUCCAGCGGUUCCGCGAGCCCUUCGAGCGGUUCUUUUCCGGCGGAUGCCGCCCCGACGCCGUCGUUGCCGACAGCCACUUCCAGUGGUCCGUGGACGCCGCCGCCGAGCACGGCGUCCCGCGGCUGGCGUUCCUCGGCACCAGCAUGUUCGCGCGGGCCUGCACCGACAGCAUGCUCCGCAACAACCCGCUGGCGUCUUGCCCCGACGCCGUCGUCUCCCUGCCCGGGCUGCCGCACCGCGUCGAGAUGUUGCGGAGCCAGAUGGUGGACCCCUCGAAGCGGCCGGAGAAUUUUGCCUUCUUCCAGCGCGUGAACGCCGAGGACCAGAGGAGCUACGGCGAGGUGUUCAACAGCUUCCACGAGCUGGAGCCGGACUACGUCGAGCACUACCGCACGACGCUCGGCCACCGCGUAUGGCUCGUCGGGCCGGUCGCACCAGCCGGUGGAGACAUGGGCGCGACGAAAGUCGCCACCAACGAGCUCUCGUCUGACGGCGCCGGCUGCUUGCGGUGGCUCGACACGAAGCCGGCUGGCUCGGUGGUGUACGUCUCCUUCGGCACGCUGUCCAGUUUCUCGCCGGCCGAGCUGCGCGAGCUCGCCCGCGGCCUCGACCUCUCAUGCAAGAACUUCGUGUGGGUCAUCAGCCACGCAGGCGCAGGAGCACACAACGUGACCGACGCACAACCGGAGUGGAUGCCCGAAGGCUUCGCCGAGCUUACUGCGCGGCCGGGCGGGCGUGGCUUCAUCAUCCGCGGCUGGGCGCCGCAAACGCUCAUCCUGAGCCACCCCGCCCUCGGCGCCUUCUUGACGCACUGCGGCUGGAACUCGACGCUGGAGGCUGUGAGCGCCGGCGUGCCGAUGGUUACGUGGCCGCGGUACGGCGACCAGUUCUUCAACGAGAAGCUCGUCAUGGAGGUGCUCCAGGUCGGGGCCAGCGUCGGCGCCUGCGACUACGCGUCGUUCAUGGAGACCCAUCAUGGCGUGGUCCGCGCCGAGGUGGUCGCGGAAUCCAUCGGGACGGUGAUGGGCGACGGCGAGGAGGGCCAGGCGAUACGGAGCAAGGCCAGGGAGCUCGCUGUCAAAGCUAGGUGGGCAGUGGGCAACGCCGGGUCGUCGUACGGCGAUGUUGGGCGGCUGAUGGAGGAGUUGAUGGCUCGCAGAAAGACCUAGGGUGGUUGGAGCAUACACGUCGGAUCUUGCAGCUUACUUUGUGUCUUUUCGUGGUUUCCAUUUGUGCUAACUAAAGUUGUGAAACUUUGUUUUCUUCCUAAGAAAAUCAUCGUAUAACUUGCUUUAUAGUCUUGCUAAGUCUCAAUCGACUCCA